AUGGAAGAUGCAGAUUGGGAGAAGAUCAACUCGAAGGCAAUGAGUGCGAUUGGAUUGACGUUGGCCGGUGAUAUUGUGUAUGAUGUGAUAGAAGAAGAUUCAAUAGCAGAUAUGUGUUGCAGUUCCACAUCCAUAAAUACUUCACUCUUCAUUCCUUUGAGCUUUAAGGACUCCAUGGCGAAUAGGCUCCCAGUUGCUUUCGGGCCAUUUGGCUUUUAUGGACCACCACGUCAGUGGGAUGACGGAAUCUAUAGCACGGUAAGGGAGGUAACUAUAGACUCCGGAGAGGACUCAAUUUAUUCCAUCCAAGUUGUAUAUGAUAGUGAAGGAAAGCCGGUAACAGGAAAAAAAUAUGGUGAAGGCAGCGGAACACUAAAGACGAAAUAUGGACCAUAUGGUAAGCAAGAAGGAACUUAUUUUAGAACCCCAUUAGGUGCUGGCAAGAUUGUUGGAUUCUUUGGAAGGUAUGGUACUUGUUUGGAUGCGAUUGGAGCAUACAUUAAGCCAUUCCAUGAAAUCAACUCAACAACACCUCUUGGUCCAUAUGGAGGUGCCGGUGGACAGCAGUGGGAUGACGGAACCUACAACACAGUAAGGGAACUAAUUAUAUACUCCGGAGUGGAUAUUGAUUCCAUUCAAGUUGUCUAUGAUGAUAUUGAAGGAAACCCAGUAUCUGGGAAAAAGCAUGGUGGUGAUUAUGGACAACCAAAUACGAGACAAGAUUGGUGCCCUAAAACUUGUAAUCUUUGGUUUAUUCACAUUGGAAAUCCUUUUGCCAAUCUUCAAUGUGAACCUCACAUUUUUCUUUUGUUAUUUUUUUAUUGUGUGCUCGGUUUGCCAAUAUUUGUCAUACUACCUAAGUUUGUCCUUGUAAUUGAAAUCUUACAAGUAAAAUUAGACUAUCCUACUGAGUACCUCCUUUCAAUAUCCGGGCACUAUGGGUACAAUGCUAAUAAAGUUCUUUUUGUGAGAUCUCUUACAUUACAAAGCAAUAUAAAGCAAUAUGGACCAUAUGGUACAGAAAAUGGAAUUCCUUUUAUAACCCCAUUAGCUGCUGGUAAGAUUGUUGGAUUCUUCGGAAGGAAUGGUACUUCUCGUUUGGUUUUGAUUGGAGUACACAUUCAGCCAUUCCAAACUAAUGUUGGUCCAUUUGGAACUACUAGUGGACAUCUGUGGGAUGACGGAACUUACAGCAUGGUAAGGGAAUUAAUUAUAAACUCCGAAGAAGAAAUUCAUUCCAUCCAAGUUGUCUAUCAUCAUGAUAUUGAAGGAAAUACAAUAUUGGGAGCAAAGCAUGGUGGUGAAGGCGGAACACCAAACACGGUCAAAUUAGACUCAGAUGAAUUUUUGCUUUCAAUUUGGGGUUACUAUGGCCAAGUUGGAAACAUGGUUGUGAUCCGCUCGCUUGGAUUUCAAAGCAACAAAAGAAAGCUCGGACCAUUUGGUAAGGAGGAUGGAGAGAAAUUUCAAUUCCCAUCCACUGGUGGAAAGAUCAUCGGAUUUCAUGGAAGAUCUCACAACUAUCUUACUUCAAUUGGAGCAUAUGUUGCACCAUUCCCAAAUUUGACACCAUCUUUGUCAAGUGAGGAUAAUCAUUCAAAUAAUUGAACUGCAUUUCUAUUUGAUGCAGUUAUAAUAAUGGAUGAUCUGUGUUGUCCUUAAAGCUUGGUGAAAGUGAUUGAGGCAACACAAACUUGUGUCUGUGCGUGUGACGAGUUAUUUUCAUGUUGUUUUGUGUUCUUAGCCUGAAAGUUUGAGUUGGUUAUGUAUUUUGUGGAACUAUUUCAAUGUAAUAAUAAGAUAUUGUACGUGUGUCGUCUCUAGUAUUCCUUAUAAUAAA